CCAUACCUGCAAGCAAAAACAGUUGGAAGUGAAUGCAGGUAAGAAGGAUUUGACAUGAUAAAUGUGGAGCAAAACAAGUAGCAAAUGACCACAAACUUACAUUUACUUGCGCAUUCACAUGCCGAAGAACUAGGGUGUAACCAUUGUUGAAGUGCCGAGGUAUAGCGGUCGCCAAAGUUGAAGGAAGACUGGUGCUCAAAGCGAGCAUGUUUGGAUAAACACUUUAACUUGCAAAGACCCCGGGCAAACACAUUCUGGUGCAUAAUGAAAAGAAAACUCGAAAAGACGUGAGAGAGAAAGGAAUGAAAGUUGGCUUAAAUGGUGAGGAGGCAAGAGCAUUGAAAGAAUUUGUGCUCGAAAUUUGUGAGCAAUGCAAUGGAAAUAAGAAAAGCGACACAGAGCUAAUGCAAUUGCAAGGAAGAGCGUAAAGUGAUAACAAAAAUUGGAUAAAAGAGUGGCCAUGUGGCUACAAUGUCCAUUUGUGACGACAUGCCAUGCAAGUUGUGGAGGUGGGCUAGCACAAAUAACAAUCACCUACCAAAAUGAUAAAAUCUUGACACUUUAGAUUAAUCAACACCAAACACGUGACAAACACACUGAAAAAUUAACUUGGAGGGACACGUGGACCUCCGAAAUUAGGAUGGCACGGAGAGUAUAACAUGAAUAGAUUGAAGCAGCAGUUGGGUUUCGUAAUACUUUUUCUGCAAACUCAGCCCAUUCUUUCAAAGCAGCAUAUUGAAAGCACAUUCUUGAGUGAAAUUCAUAAGUACCAAAAGAGCACUGAGAUUUUAAACAGGAAGCUGCCUUUCCAGAGGUUGGUUCGAGAAAUUGCACAGGGUUUCAAAGUGAUUGGGAACAAAUGGGAUCAGUAUCUUGAUCUUCUUCAGGCCGAUUAUCCUGAAGGGGAUGCUCUUGAUGCUUUGGGAUUGGUGAGGUAUUGCUGCAGGCGCAUGCUUAUGACUCAUGUUGACCUCAUUGAGAAACUUCUAAAUUACAAUACAUUAGAGAGAAGUGAUGCAAAUUAGUCAUGAAGCAAUUGAUGAUCCAAGAUGUAUGCAACUUUGUUUCGAUGAUCUUGGAACUGGUUAUGUUAGACAGGAAUGAAAACCAAAACCUUAUGUACAUUUUAUGGGUUUGGCUAGUUUGUGCUGAACUUCAGGUUCUUGAUACUUUUUCUAGCAUGAUGUGUGACCCAGGUUCCAAUAAUAACUAUUGGUUCUUGUGCUUUUGACAGAGUGGUGGUUUGGACUUGUGCAUUUGAAUGCUUCAUAUAUGUAUCACGUUUGAUUACAAAGCUUAUAAUGUUAGAAUAGCCACAUUUUAAAAUUUCCA